GCCGAAACACAACACAAUCAAUGAAAAGCAGCCCAGCUCAGCUAAGUCUUACCAGUAAACAACAGUGUACAAAAUACUCUCUCUCUCCUUAUCUGUAGCUUCUCCUUCUCUCUCUAAAUCAGCCGGCGUCGCCAAUCGCCAUAUCCAGAUGGCUUCCUCAGCUCCUCCUCUAUCCUCCCCGCAACGAAAUCCCACCAAACAAACCUCCAUUAACAUUUAACCCCCUCUCUUCUCUCUCUCUCUCUCUCCUUCCCCUCCCUCUCUCUCUCUACAGAAAUGGCGUCGACGCCACCUCACUGCUCAAUCACGGCGUCGAAGCCGUACCAAAGCCACCAAUACGCCCAAAACCCCAACCUCAAGAGCCACCAUCGCCAUAGCAAUCACCGUCAAGGCCAUCAAUGGACGACUCAAAAGGUCUCCCUCACCAAACCCUCUCCCUCACCUCCUCCGGCUCGCAACGCCGCCGCCACACCAGCGCAGCAUGCCUCCCAAAAUCCCGCCUUUCACUCCCUCUGCUCUCUUCCGGCGCCGAAAUCGGACCUCGCCGCCGUCUUCUCGGGUCGACGCUCGACCCGGUUCGUGUCCAAGAUGCACUUGGGCCGGCCCAAGACCACCGUGGGCUCCCGCCACACUGCCGUCGCCGAGGAGGUCCUCCAACAAGCCAUCCAAUUUGGUAAGGAUGAUUUGGGAAUUGAUAAUGUUUUGCUUAGUUUCGAGCCUAAGCUUUGUGGUUCAGAUGAUUACACUUUUUUGCUUAGAGAACUUGGGAAUAGAGGCGAGUGUAGAAAGGCAAUUAGGUGCUUUGAGUUCGCUGUGGCUAGGGAGAGAAGGAAGACUGAGCAGGGGAAAUUAACUAGUGCUAUGAUUAGUACUCUUGGCAGGUUGGGGAAGGUUGAGCUUGCGAGGGAUGUGUUCGAAACCGCUUUGUUUGCGGGGUAUGGGAACACAGUUUAUACCUAUUCAGCGUUGAUCAGUGCUUACGGGAGAAGUGGGUAUUGGGAGGAGGCUAGAAGGGUGGUUGAGUCGAUGAAAGAUUCGGGCUUGAAGCCGAAUUUGGUUACCUACAAUGCCGUUAUUGAUGCGUGCGGUAAAGGGGGUGCGGAGUUCAAGAGGGUAGUGGAGAUUUUUGAUGAGAUGUUGAGGAAUGGCGUGCAGCCUGAUCGGAUUACGUAUAACUCUCUCCUUGCAGUUUGCAGUCGAGGGGGACUGUGGGAGGCGGCUAGGAGUUUGUUUAGUGAGAUGGUGGAGAGGCAGAUUGAUCAGGAUAUAUAUACAUAUAACACUCUUUUAGACGCAAUUUGUAAAGGUGGGCAGAUGGAUUUGGCACGUCAGAUUAUGUCGGAAAUGCCGUCGAAGAAAAUCUUGCCUAAUGUGGUGACUUACAGUACCAUGAUUGAUGGCUAUGCUAAAGCCGGUAGAUUGGAAGACGCGUUGAACUUGUUUAACGAGAUGAAGUAUUUAGCUAUUGGUCUAGAUAGAGUUUUAUAUAACACAUUGCUCUCGAUUUAUGCGAAGCUUGGUAGGUUUGAGGAGGCAUUGAAGGUUUGCAAGGAGAUGGAAAGUUCUGGAAUCGUUAGGGAUGUUGUAUCUUAUAAUGCACUUCUGGGUGGGUAUGGGAAGCAAGGCAAGUAUGAUGAAGUCAAAAGAAUGUAUCAAGAUAUGAAAGCGGAUCAUGUAUCUCCCAACUUAUUAACUUAUUCAACAUUGAUUGAUGUAUAUUCAAAGGGCGGUUUGUAUAGGGAGGCGAUGGAGGUGUUUAGAGAAUUUAAGCAGGCCGGAUUAAAGGCUGAUGUUGUUCUUUAUAGUGAACUUAUCAAUGCUUUGUGCAAAAACGGGAUGGUGGAGUCUGCUGUUUCUUUGCUUGAUGAGAUGACAAAGGAAGGGAUCAUGCCCAAUGUCAUAACUUAUAAUUCUAUAAUUGAUGCUUUUGGUCGCCCAGCAACAGCAGAUUCUGCACUUGGUGCUGCCAUAGGAGGAAAUGAGCUAGAGACCGAGUUGUCAUCUUCAAUUUCUAAUGAGAAUGCCAACAAAAAUAAGGCAGUAAAUAAGGGGGAUCACCAAAUUAUAAAGAUGUUUGGGCAACUUGCUGCUGAGCAAGAAGGCCAUACGAAGAAAGACAAGAAGAUUAGACAGGAAAUAUUAUGCAUUUUAGGCGUCUUUCAGAAAAUGCACGAGCUGAAUAUCAAACCAAAUGUCGUUACUUUUUCUGCAAUCUUAAAUGCUUGCAGCCGUUGCAAUUCAUUUGAAGAUGCUUCUAUGUUAUUGGAGGAACUCCGGUUAUUUGAUAAUCAGGUCUAUGGGGUUGCCCAUGGACUUCUUAUGGGACACCGGGAAAAUGUCUGGCUUGAAGCUCAGUCUCUGUUCGAUGAAGUAAAGCAGAUGGACUCCUCCACUGCAUCUGCUUUCUAUAACGCUCUCACUGACAUGCUCUGGCACUUCGGCCAGAAACGAGGAGCCCAGCUGGUGGUGCUUGAAGGGAAACGCCGAAAUGUGUGGGAGAGCGUAUGGUCUAAUUCGUUCUUAGAUCUGCAUUUGAUGUCUUCCGGGGCUGCUCGGGCAUUGCUUCACGCGUGGUUGCUCAACAUACGCUCUGUAGUGUUUGAAGGCCAAGAAUUACCUAGGCUAUUGAGCAUUUUGACAGGAUGGGGCAAACACAGCAAAGUUGUUGGAGACAGCGCUCUUAGGCGAGCGAUCGAAUCGCUUCUGAUCAGCAUGGGUGCCCCAUUUGAGGCUGCCAAGUGUAAUCUUGGCAGGUUUACAUCGCCGGGUCCCAUGGUGGCUGGCUGGCUAAAAGAAUCCGGCACUUUGAAGGUGCUUGUUCUUCAUGACGACAGGAGUCAUUCACAGAAUGCUAAGCAUGUCUCCAAUUUGCAAACGCUUAAUACCUUGUAGCCCUUUGUAUCAUCUUUUGUUGUAUUCAUCCUGUUUAGUAUCUUUAUAUAAUAUAAUGCAAAAUCUUAGUUCAUUCAA